AUGGGAGAAGAGUGGAACGGUGGUGACACGAGAGUUGAGCAGGGUGGCGGUCAGAAAAUUCGUAUUCUCCGAGAUGCUUUGAAAAAGUACGCGGACGAUAAGGACACCAUAAUUUUAUUCGUCGAUGCCUACGACGUGGUGUUCACUGCUAGUAUGGACACUAUCCUCGAUCGGUUCCUCACUUACUUCGAAGACUACAGGGUGUUAUUUGGCGCUGAACCCUUCUGUUGGCCAGAUCAAUCAUUGGCGAUUGAAUAUCCGGUGGUGGAAUUUGGGAAGAGGUAUCUCAAUUCCGGUCUGUUCAUGGGCUAUGCAAAAGAGAUUUAUCAAAUGAUCACCUUGAAAGAUGUUGCUGAUGGCGAUGAUGACCAACUAUACUACACGAUGGUUUACCUUGAUGAAAAGCUAAGGAAAGAUCUCAAAAUCGGGCUCGAUUCGGUAUCACGUAUUUUCCAAAACUUGAACGGUGUAAUCGACGACGUGGAGCUGCAAUUUGAUGACGACGGAACUGCUCUUGUGUGUUACAACUUAUUUUUUCAUUAUUAUCAUAAUAUAGGGCAAAGUGCUUUAGUUCGGCGACCACGGCCUACAAUGCUGCCUACAACACUCCAUCCAGCGAUCCUUCACGGAAAUGGACCCAGCAAAAGACAUCUGAACUACCUGGCUAAUUACGUUUCCAAUCGCUGGUCAUCCACCAAAGGAUGUACGAUCUGUGGGAAGAAACCGAAACUCGAUUUGGCGAUGCUUGAGGCAUUCGCUCACCUCGAUUAUCCCAAGAAGAGGAUUGCUCUCUUCAUCUACAACUCACAGCGAUCCGAUAUAAAAACAGUACUGGACUUCCUCUCGAAGUACGGUUCUCAGUACUACUUUAAGAAGGUCAUCAAUGGAGUGUCAGAAAUUCAAGAGCGAGAAGCGAGACAAGAGGCUUUGACAUUCGCCUCCCGACAUGAUGCUGAAUUUCUCUUUUCGCUCGAUGGAGAUGCUUUUCUGUCAAACACCAAAACACUACAGCAUUUAAUCGAAUACUCAGUGAACUACGAAGUAGGCAUCAUCGCACCGAUGCUUGCACAGCCAGGAAAAAUGUUCACGAAUUUCUGGGGAGACAUUGCACCAAAUGGAUACUAUGCGAGAAGUGAAGAUUAUUUGGCGAUCGUUAAGCGAAAACGUGUUGGAGUUUGGAAUGUAAGUUCUUUUUGUGAAUCUGCU